GAGAGAAAAAGAAGAUGCUGCUGCUGCUUCUCUUCGUCGUCGCACCUUUUCCUCUAUACGACGAAUCGCCGGGAAAGGAGACUCCAGUCUCCGCAUUGUCGCCUCCCUGCGCCCUCCUCUGCCGCUUUCGCACUGUGCCCCCUUCCAAGUUUCCCCUUCUUCUCUCUUUCUUCGCCGCGAUCGCUGUUCGCUCACAUCGCCACCGCCGCGAACCCUAACCCUACCGCUACCACGCGCCGGCCAUGUCGCGCUCGCCGGAUCGCUAUUCUCCGUCCGCCUCCGAAGCUGCUUCCUCCUCUCCGCCUGCGCCUCCCCAGGAAGAAGCGUCCGAUCGCGCGCUCGGGUCCACAGACGGCGUCAACCGCGGGACGAGCGCCAAUGCUGCGCUUUUGGAAUCCGCAGUCAGCGCGUCCUCCGCUCCCCUGAGGUCCACGAUCGAUGCUUCCCAGUCAAAGCUAUACACUAACCCUAGUUUUAAUCGGAAUCACGAUCCUUUUGUUCGCCAAAAAUCUCAUCGGAACCCUAAUUUUUCAAAAAGAUGUACCGAUGCUAGCAGCAGUUCGCCGAUCAAUCAUAGUCCAAGGGAAGCUCAGCAUCCAACUAGUCCUUUGGAUGUACCUCCUGUUGGCCUCAUGCAUCAGACGCAAAGCAGCAGCACUUACCACAGAGCUGGUCAUAGUGGCAGUAGAAGGGGAAACCAUGGUGGCGGAGUCGGUGGAACUCCUCCCCACCAUUUGCGCCAUGGUAACCGGCGUGAACAUGACCGUGGAGGCUAUGGCUGGAUGAGUUCUAGAGGUUUUAACGCUAGAGAACCGCAAACGCCGACACCAUUCCUUCAGCAGCGAGGAGACCCCCGGCCAUUUAUUCAGCCACAACUGCUACAGCAGCCUCCAUCCUCACCUACUAUGAUGCCGUUCUUUGGCAUACCACCGCAGUUCCGUCAUGUUAUGCCUCAAAUGGGCUAUGAAAUUCCUCCUGUUUAUUAUCUCCCGCCGCCACUGCCUCCGCCAUUUGAGAGCAUGCCUAUCAUCACACAUCAAGCACCUUCUGUAGUCCCCCCUGCAGGGUUUCCAUCGCCAGCAGAUUAUCAGCGCUUUAUGUUGGUGAAGCAAAUAGAGUACUAUUUCAGUCCUGAGAAUCUUUGCAAGGAUCAUUUUCUCAGACAAAAUAUGGAUGAUCAUGGUUGGGUUGCUGUUUCCUUGAUUGCUAGCUUCAACAGGGUCAAGCAGUCGACACGUGACAUACCGUAUAUAUUGGAUGCAUUACACGGUUCAACAGUAGUGGAAGUACAUGGUGAAAAGCUGAGGCGGCGCGGUGACUGGAUGAGAUGGAUACUGCCACACUCCUUCAAUCAAUAUGACUCAGCUUCUAGUCCUCGAUCGCCUCAACCACUACAUCCUGAUUCUGUCCUAUCUCGCUUCCAUGCUUUUGGAUUGCAUGAAGAUCCUUCCCGACACAAUGGCACUGGGUAGCGCAGCAUCAUUCGGAAUUUUGAACAAUCAGAUGUAGGAGUUGCCUUAGUGAAGAAGAAAACAAGCUGAUCGUUCAUCUCAGUGAUAAACCGGAGCCAUCUCAAGCGGUCAAAAUACAUGAAGGAAAACCAUUUCCCGGAUCAGGAAAAGGGUGACGUGGCCAUAAAUGAGGUAUUUUCUUCGACAGCAAAUAUCCAUCAAUUGGAAAAGGAAAAAGUAACGAGUACGAAACGAUGAUAAAUUUGCAUGGAACUGGCUGGUUAUGUGGUUUUGUUUCUGAUGGGGUGUAUGUUCUUUCUUUCUUCGGUAGGAUCACCGUCGUGUGGCCAAUAAAUUUUGUCACAUUAUUUGGGAAGAAAUUGGGUCACUACUCAUGAUUGGAGAACUGGAUUCUCAAUGUUGAAUUGGUUGUAUUCGACUGAUGGAUUUAGCACGUUCGUUUUGAACUAGUUCUUUUUGUUGCAAAUUUUUUCCUCCA